GCGAAAGCCUCGACCAUCCAACAACGAUCAACGACAACGACGAGACCGACGACGAAGAACAAGAAUCGACGAUAUCUGGGGCUCUCAACCCCUUGAGACAAUCUGCAGCUAUUGCUUAUUUUCGGCUGCUUGAUAAUUCUGGAGAAGUCUUGGACUCGGUUGAUGCCGAGAAGCCUGUCCCCUGGUCGCACUUCCGACCCUCGGAGAUGGAGUCGAUGACUUCGCGCAUUCGAACCAGUUGCCUUCCCGAAACCCUUUUUUAUCGUACAACAAUCUCCAACCGAUGCCGAUACAAAUCAAAACGUUUAUGACUGCCGGUAUUCAGCUGUGAAUCGGCUCCUGUGGCCCCUGGGAGCUUGAGCGACUGAGAGUUGAUGUAACAACACGGAACACAUCCCGUCGCUGCGAGACUUGACCGUCGACAUGGAUACGAGCGAAUAUGAUACUAAUACCUUAUUAAAUAAUAAUAUCUCAUCAAUCGUUUACCGAGUUUACGAACCUUCCCAGGAACAAGCGCAAACCUUCCCUUCCGCAGCCGCCGACGUCGAGACCGAGCUGAGAACCCGUGGCUACAUUGUUUACUACGACCCAAUCCGGCGGGGACUGUGGUACUUCCAUGUCCCAAGCAAAGAUGCGGCUUCGGGCGAACAAAACGAUGGUAUCCUGGGCAAUAGUGUCAGUGUCGCUGGCGUGACACUGUUGACGGCUGACGAAGGUUCGUUCGAGCCAGUCAGCCUGUUCAAAGGGCGGGCGCCAGCGCAGCCGUCCGCAAACACACCAACGAGCUCAUCGUCGAGCACUUCGGCUCCGGACCUGUCGCUUCGAAAUCCGCAGGCAGGGAACGCUGGGCCACCAAGCUCUUCUGACACCGACUGGAAAGGCGCAAGCUCUGUUGCCCUGCCCGAUGCAUACGAGCAGUUUAUUACGGCGGUUCUAUCAACAAUAUCAGCUGCCUUCUGCAAUCGCGUCUCGGCAAUACCCCUGAAUCACCAAACCGUCCUGCUGCCCUCGAAAGUCACCCGGGACGGUCAAGCCGAAAGGGCUCUGGAUACGGAAUCCGCAGUUGUCGGAACAUUCCGAAUCUACCUUACCACGAUGGGGGCAUUGUUUAUGAGUUUGUCUUUGUCCUGCUGCGAGGGUCUUUUGUCGGUGAAUGAGCCAUCCACGCCGAGUCAGCUUGUUCUGGGUUCCCAGAUCCUAGCCGCUCCAUUUGGUGUUCUGGCAAAUUACCAGGGAUUCGUAGGUGGGGGCCUGUCAUAUCCUGAGCUUGGCCUGGGACAAACGCCAGACGCUCAGCUCUGGAGGGGUUCGGAUGCCAGGUCAUCACAAUGGCGAGACACCUGCAUCAAGAUCCUCCAGUCCCGCGGUCUAUCCCCCGCUCUGCUCCAGUCUUGUCCCUGGAUUGCAUUGCAAAUGCUUCGCCGAAAACCUGGCGAGAACAAGAUUGACGGGAAAACAAUGCCGCUGCCUUCCACGUUGGCUACGAUAUCAUGGCCUGCAGCCCUCUGUUUCCGUAAAAAGUCCGUCAUGCUCGCGCGUAAUAAUGGCCUUGGGGAUCCUGUGUUACUGGCCCAAGACGAAACGUCGGAUUUCCUAAACGACGCAAAGGCAUGGUUCCAGCUUGGAGCUGACAGAGACGAAAAGAUUUCUAAGCGGAAAAAGGACAGAGAUAUUGUUGCAUCAAAAGAGGCCGCCGCCGCCGCCCCGGCGCAACAAGCGAACGGGCAUUCACCCCUGGGGCUGAGGCGCGCAAGCAACGCCGCCGCCGCGGGUGCGAUGUAUCCGACACCGCCGGACGGAGUUCAAAAUCCACUCGGCAUCACGCCCUCGAUGGAUGGGACGACGUCUAGCCCGGGAGCUCCUGGGACUACAAUGGCAGUGGUCGACAUAGAUACGGCUAUGGCCGACAUGGGCACGCACGACGCACCUACGACAAGUACCAACCAGCAUCAUGAGGCGUACGCCGAUGGAUGGCAACCAAGCGAUAACAAAAGAGACCGGGCCGACUCGUUUCUGGCAGGCGACAGCGACAAUCUGUUCGGCGAUAUGGGACCAGACAUGUUUGGUGACGCCGACAUUACUGACGCUGAUUUCAGCUUCUUUGACGAAGAGGGUGGGGAUGACCUCGAUUUGUCCGGCUUGCCUGACUUGAACAUGCCAGACGCGUCCUCCGCGCACUCUGCGCUCCCUGUUUCUAUUCCCGAGCCGACGAAGAUGAUGGUUCCCAUGGCGGAGGAAGCUAAGCCGGUUCCAAGUCCCCCGGUUUUCGCCAAGCCAGAACUGAAGCAUGCGCGAAGCACGCUAUUAGACGAGGGGAAGCAAAAACCCAGCGCCGACAAGUCAGCUGGCGCCAAACGCGCAUCAAGUCCGUUUGAUCCAGAUACUGUCUACAAAAGGGUUCGGGCUUCUUUGGCCGACAUUCGUUCUGCUCCACAAGAGACACCAACGCGGAAGGGCAGUAUUUUUGACAGCGUUGACUUCGACCCGGUUCUGCCUCUCGUGAACAAGAAGUACGAGCAAGGCGGCCGUUUUGGAUGUCCUCCAAUAUUUCAUGGGCAGUCGCAAGACGCAAGCAAGCAACCUGGUGCCCAGUGGCCGCCAACAACUGAUUACCUCCGACGACACGGCAGGCAAAGAAGAGCGUUGCGACAACCAGAACAUACCAAUGCAUUGAUUCGAACCAUUACCGGCAACCUCGAGAAUAGUUCACUUGUUGCAAGCCCUGGAAAAGGAGAUGACCUGGCAUCUGAUGCGGACGAUAUCAGUUUGGUGUCGGACCAGGAUGAUUCGAGCGUGUCGGAGGACGAGCCAACAUCACCCUUCAAGUCUAGCAUUCGAAGGAUAAACUUGGACGACGAUGUUGCCUCCCAUGUCACCUCUCUGAGAGAAAUCGAGUCUAUGGAGGACUCCGACCCGACAUUGGCCUUGGAUCUCCCGAAACUUGCCAAAACCGAGUCGUCAGAAUUACUGAUACCCAAAUACUUCGAGGACGCAGAGUCGCUUCCUAUCCAUCUUUCCCUCCCAGACGAGGACACGAUUACGAUUGCACAGAUCGUGACCGAGCAGGCCGCGACGGGCAUUUUGAGAAUACGCGAUGUGCACGCGAAUACCCUGAACACCGCUAUUGUAGCAGACACGCGGCGCCAGCUGUCUUAUCUUGGUCGGACAGCUCUGCAGGCAUUGCGUGAAGUCAUUCCCCCUUGCCUCGGAGAAUUCAACAUCUGCAACUUCAAAAGCGUUGUUGAAGUCCCCGACGUUCCUUUAAUCGGACCACCUAACAGACUUCAUCCGCGGCCAGUCAACCCACGAGACGCCGCAGAGCCACCAAAGCCCAACAACCUAUUCCAGAUCCCAGCUCCCCAUAUGGAGCUCCGUCGUGCGGAGGCUAGACUGUCGGUUCUGCCCGCAAGCGUUCAGUUUUGGGAAAGCCUGGGGCUUGGCCCUGCCCAGGGGACGAAGGAUGUCAACGUCGUCUGUGUGUUCCCUCACUGGGACGGGAUGUCAGACAUCGCCGCUUCAUUUUUGGAUCGCAUGCGAAACGUCUACGAGCUGCUCAAGCUAGGCUCUUUCGAACGUCUCCCGUCCAGUUCCAAAGUAACUGACGGUCUUAUGCCCUUCGAGGCAGACAAGAUCGCAACUUCACCAGGGACCGUCAGCCCUCACAUUGUGGCGGGUUUGGGUGAUCGCAUGGAGGCCCUCAAUCAAGCACUCAUAUCGGCAAACGCUACGGAGAAGAACUUUUUGAUAUAUUUUGUGUACCCCCCAGACCAUCCUGGUUCUAUCGUCGAGGCCUGCACCGCUUUCCAACAACUUUUCGAGAUACACAGGAGGUCUCUGACCGACAGAAGACAAUCGCCAACGAACGAACUAGUUCUGCAACUUGUGCCUUUGGACUUCUUGACUUCCUCGACAGGCAUAGUGGAGCCGACGCCCAGCGACGCGAUCAGGCUGGCGAUUGAAACGUAUGACCGUUGCACGCUAUUCGGUGGACCGAUGCCAUCGCCUGCCAUCAUGCUUGAGCAGUCACUACCACGAGGAAUCGACUUCAAGCUCUCCAAUACAUCGUCAUCAUCGCUCAUGCAUGAGAACACUUGCAUUCACAUUGCCUACGCGCAAAGCAUCGACGAAAGAUGGAUUACAGCCGCAUGGACCGAUAACAGAGGAUGCCAGCAGAUGACGGCGUCCUUCAAUCUUGGUCGCAAAGGCAAACCGCUCUCGACGUCGCUCAACGAUGUCUAUCACGAGAUAUGGGAGACCACCCAUGACUUGAUCUCCAAAUGGAAGGUCCAUUGGCGUGUGAUCGUCUCCAAGUGUGGGUUUAUGGACGCGCAAGAGAUCGGGUUCUGGCAAGGCCUCGCUCAGACAGAGUCGAUCGCAACCGUGAGCUUGACCUUAAUAUCGGUCGAUACGAAUCCGUCGAUGCAGUUGGUUCCGCCUCCCAUCAAGGUCCAGGCAACGGCAUCGUCAGCGUUCUACACAACCCCUGUCUCCACCCCACAGGCGUCUAUCGUGUCACCGGAGCAAAGCGGCACCCCGGUCACACCCAUGAAGGAGAACAACCCAGUGACCGCCGCCACGCCAGGCGGCACUCCUGUCGACGGCAACGCAGAUCCAGCCGAAGGAGACGCCAUCCUCCUCGACGUUACAGACCAGACGUGGGGCGCCGUGCUCGCGCACCGACUGAACAACUCGUCCUCGCUGGGCGAGAUGAACUCGGCCCUCAUUAGCGGCUAUCUUGUCAAACGUGGUGGGACGAAGCUCGAGGACCCGCCCGUCGUCAUGGAGGUCAACAUUGUGCAUGCGGACAACAACCCGCGCAUGUACGAGCCCCUCAUGCGCGAGAUGCUCACUUACUUCCGGGGCCUGGGCACCCUGGCCCGCGCAAGGGGCAUUGUAGAUAGGGGGACUGAUGUGCGGCCUUGGCACAUUGCGGCGGCGGAGAAGGGCGUUCGGGCCUUGUACCUUUUGAUGUGAUUCGAAACCCGACGGCGGAGGUGUAAACGUAUAUUUCUUCCUG